GUUCUGUGCGAGGUACCGCGAGAUCUCCGAAUAUAGACCGACUAUAGCGGAGAAGCACGGGGAGCAAAGAGCAUCACAGGGAGGACCUGGAAUCUGCGAUUUCACAGAUAAACACAGUCGCUUGGCCACAUACUAUCAGCCCCGACAGGAGUGGAGGAAAGAUGGGCUCUCGAUUAAAGGAGAGCCCAGAGUCGGUCUUUGAGGUCUAUAUGGAGGUGGUGCAUCCCAGCUCACACAGUUCUGGGGCUGCAGUUCAGAAACAGUUUCCAGAUGACUACACGGACCAGGAAACUCUUCAGACGCUGCCAAAGUUCUGCUUCCCCUUCAGCAUGGAUAGCCUGACAGUCAACAAUGUUGGACAGAACUUCACAUUUGUGUUGACUGACAUUGAAAGCAAACAGAGAUUUGGCUUCUGUCGUUUGUCCUCCGGUGCACAUACCUGCUACUGCAUUCUCAGCUACCUGCCCUGGUUUGAGGUGUUUUACAAGCUACUUAAUAUCCUUGCAGAUUACACCGUCAAAGGCCAGGAAAUCCAGAGACAGGAGCUCCUUGUAUCACUGCACACACUGCCUAUCCCUGAGCCAGGAGUUCCUGUCCACCUUGGUGUGCAUUCCUUCUUCACUGUGCCUGACAUCAGAGAGCUCCCCAGUAUACCAGAGAAUAGAAACCUAACUGAGUAUUUUGUAGCAGUAGAUGUCAAUAACAUGCUUCAUCUGUAUGCUAGCAUGCUCUACGAACGUCGAAUCCUCAUCUGCUGUAGCAAAUUAAGCACUUUAACAGCUUGUGUCCAUGGAUCAGCAGCCAUGCUAUAUCCAAUGCACUGGCAACAUGUUUACAUUCCUGUCCUUCCUCAACAUCUCCUGGACUACUGCUGCGCGCCAAUGCCGUACCUUAUAGGAGUCCAUUCUAGCCUGAUGGAGAAAGUGCGAGGAAUGGCUCUGGAUGAUGUGGUCGUCCUGAAUGUUGACACAAACACCCUGGAAUCACCCUACGAUGACCUCCAAAGCCUCCCCAGUGAAGUGGUUACAUCUUUAAAAAACCGUCUGAAGAAAGUUUCAACAACAACAGGAGAUGGCGUGGCUCAGGCAUUUCUGAAGAGUCAGGUUGCGAUGUUCGGCAGCUACCGGAAUGCUUUGCAGUUUGACUCGGGAGAGCCUAUAACUUUUAAUGAAGACGCAUUUGUGAGUCAUGGUUCCAGCGCAAUGAGACAGUUCCUGCAGAAUGCCAUUCAGCUGCAGCUCUUCAAACAGUUCAUUGACGGACGUCUGGAUCUGUUGAAUUCAGGAGAGGGUUUCAGUGACGUCUUUGAGGAGGAGAUCAACAUGGGUGAAUACGCAGGUAGUACCAAGACCUACCACCAGUGGCUCUCCACUGUAAAGAGAGGAGGAGGGGCCAUUUUCAACACUGUAAAGACCAAGGCUAAUCCAGCCAUGAAGACAGUUUAUAAAAUUGCCAAGGACCACGCGAAAAUGCGUAUUAAAGAAGUCAAGAGUCGGCUAAAGCAAAAAGAGCAGGUAGAAAACGGAUAUGCUCCGUCGGGGUCAGAGGUCAUCGGUGACGACAGCCCAGCAGGUGUUGCCUUCUUCAAUGAAGUGAGAAGACAGGGAGCGCUUCCAGCCUGGGAGGACCACCGGCCAAUCACUGUGCAUUUUGAACAUGCUCGACCACUUAUGUUGUUGAAGAGACCAAACAGCAACGUUACUCUGGACACCAAGAACGACCCGCCACAGCCGUACCACUCUCUCAAGGAGGUGGAUUUAAUGGAAGGGGACAACGCCAGUGCAGUGGAGACUCACACAGCCCCCCCAAGGCUGUUCAAUGAAAAGUUGUCUAAGUGCAACUUGCUGGGUGAAGCCUUUGGCUGCCAGGAGGAGCCUGACAGUCAACCCUGCUCUCUGACAAAGAGUCUGGAGGACCUAAGGAACCCUAAAGACCCUGGAGCAGUUCAGGCCAAGUUCAACAGCAAGCGGCUUGAUUUGAGUGUCGGAGAUCAUUCACGAACAUUCCCAGGUCUCAAACUAACCAAUCCUUACAACAAGCUGUGGACGGACGGAUAUGAUGACGCUGUGAUUCCCGUUUCCACAAAUCCUGUCUGGGAUACUCGGCCAUCCGUGAGACUUCCUGAACAGAUGGUCUCCCUCACCACCAGACCUGAGAGUUCUAUCCUGGGACCUGAUCUUUCAGAGCCGUCCACUCUUGGCAACAUAACCAUCCCACGUCCCCAAGGGAGAAAGACGCCUGAGCCUGGAACAGUGCUGGUGACCCCAGGGGCCCAGACCAGCUGCAAGGCAGCCGCAGCUGGUGAAGGACAGCCUACUGUGGGGGGACAGGAGUUUAGACAAGCCCUGAGCAUGUCCACCGACAGAGAACUGCUGAAGCCCCUUAAUGUGUGUGAGGACGACCAGGACCUGAUUAGUCUUCUGGAUCCUCUAAAGGCCUCAGCCAAGACCAGUUCCUCGGUAAAAUCAGUCAAACCAGAGGCAGGGGCCGACACGUCCUCCUCUUUCAGCACUCUUAGUUCCUACCCGCUGGGCAUGUCUCCUUUCCCAGUUCACUCUCACAUGUCUCUCAACCCAUUUGUCCAGCCUCUACAGAACAUUUUGCCUCAGACACAUUACCCUGUGAACGUCAGUGGGAACCCCUUCAGUGCAGCCUGCAGGCCUCUGCCUGCUGCAUACCUACAUACUCUUCCCAAGCCUCAGACCUCAGCCACAAAACCAGGGAUCUAUGCUCAGCAUUCCCCGGGAAGUUCAGCGCUGCCACUGAACUUUGGACUCCUCCAAUCAGGGUUCCCCUCCACUGACGGCUCCCUCCCUCACUCCUCGGCCAACAGUCAGUUCCUUUCCAGCCUUGCCAGUACUCCGAUCGUGUCCAGCUCGGCCGUGAAAACUCUGCCCAAGCCUCUGAGUGAACAGCAGGAGAGCCUGAAGCCUCAGGAUCCAUUUGAUGACUUGCUGACUUUAGCUAAGCCAGCUCCAACCCAGAAAAGAAGUUGGGAGACAUUUGACUGAAAUCUGUUGUGAUGCAGCCUCUGUUAAUAUGUCAAUUUGUUAACGCCACUAAUCACAGCCCACUCUGCUGUUACUGACACACAAGCUACAAUACACUCGGCUAUGCUUAACAACCUACCACUGUAAAACCUCCACAGCAAAGCAGCUCUCUCUGCUUCAAAACCAACAGAAGACGUUUUUAACCAAAUGUCACAUCAUCACUGUUGGUGUAGUCAACGUGAGGAGUGAGGAAGUGAUCAGUAAUUUGGUUUUCACUUCCAAAACCCACUCUAACCAUCUUGUGUUGACUGUUAACUGAGAACAACUUUAUCAGUCUGCACCUUCAAGUGUGAUGUGAAGCGCAAUGAACAAUCAGGCGUCUAAAAAAUACAGACGAAGGUAGAUGUUGAACACUGUAGUAAGCACUGUACCCGUACAAAAAAAAAAAAAGAAUACAAUUACUUUUGAAUCCCUUUCAUCAUUAGGUAUUUGGUCGAGCGAAUGUCAGUAAGGUUUCUACCCUCUGUCUGUAUUUUCUUGUUUUUCCUUUCUGUUUGAAGAGAUCAGGACGUCCUCUCACUUACAUUUAAACAAUGCUAAAUAGACCCAGUGUUUGCAGAGUUAGCUCGGCCUAGCAAGGUACCAACUCUGCUACUGCAUCACUGACAUGCAGCAGUUAAUACUAGUGUACCUCUAGCACGCUGCUAUUUUGCUGAGUGCUACCGCACAGCUAACCCACUAGAUGCUAGCUCUAUGUGCUAAAUGUCCUUGGUGGUGUGCAUUUCCCCUGUGUCGUGGAGAGUCGGUAAUCGACCUUGAAAAAACCUUGUUCUCACUCUUGGUAAGGACAAAAUGUUUUCCAAUCUUUAAUUAUAGGACAGGGUCAGGAGACUUUUAAAGCUGUUCUCCAACCUUUAACACUAUGAACCACCACCAAAGAACAUCCAAGUACUACCAGUACGACCAAGACUAAAAUACAACAGCACAGACCAACCUGUUCAACUAAACCAGGGGUCUCAAACUCAAAUAAGUUGUUCAAUGCAGAAACGAAUAUUUUCUUAUUCUUAAAUGAAUGGCAAAAUAAUUUUAAAUAAUAAAGAAUUACAUUUAAAUCAAGAGAAAAGCAAAUGAAAUUUACAGAACGUAUUGCUGACAUGGAGUCGUGGGGUGGGGCAUAGAAUGGCUGGAAGUUUAAGACCCCUGACCUAAUUUUUUAAUCAAUUGUAGCCACUGAGCAAGUGAGUGCAGAACAAAUGUUU